AUGGAGGAAAAUGCAGGACCAGUGCAGGAGAUCACAGGCAAGGAUUGGCUGGGCACUGGAGGCUUCUGGUUCGACAGACUCACCGUUGGCCCAUGCUCUCUUGUAUCCGGAAAACAAAAAAAGAAUCCCCGUGCCAUUUUCGGCGUAGCUGGGACACUCCAGCACGAUCGCACCCUUAAAACUCGCCCCGUCAGGGGUCUCCGACGAAUCGCACGAGAGGAGAGCGUUGGUGCCGGAUCAAGGGAAGUCUGA